GAAUUCAGUGCCUGGCAUUGCGCAUUGAAGUUCUUUGUGUUUCUGUUUCUGUUUCUCAUGUUAUUCAAAUUUCAACGUGAUGAAAUGAAAUGAAUGUAAAGAGUGUAGUGUGUUAGCGGUUUUGAUUAAAUUUGUGUAACAAACUUUUGCUGCAGUAUUAUUUGAUUCACAUUUCAUCUCUUUUGAUUAAUUCAUUUCAUAAAGUGUAUGUUUAUGUUUUUGUGAUAGAAUGCUGUAACAAUAUCAUAAUACAUUACAAUAGUAGGCUAUAUUAUAAAUCCUUCAUUGGGUUUUUUAAAAGUUGGCUUAAACUAACAAUGUUUCCGAGCGAGAAAGUGUUUGUUCAGUUUGUAGAUGUUCAGGAGCAAUACUUCUUGGAUAAGAUGUAUUUGCCUAUUAAUUAUGUUCUUGACAAAGAGUACAAACCCACCUCCAAGGACUUUAUUGGAAUUUUUCCUAGAGGUUGGAGAGAAUUCGAUCAGAUGAUUUUAGGCGACUACAUCCAUCCAAGAUCAAUCGGAUCAAAGGAUACUAAGAUAAGUUAUCAGUUGCCCUUCAGUUUUUCAGAGAAUAGAAUGACUUGCUUCAAUGCAGAUUAUCAGCUUGUAUAUGUCAAUUCUGACCGCCAGGUACUGGGUAGAAGUCCCUAUUUUAAAAUCUACAGAACUAGUGAGGAUAGAAACGUUGUUUAUGAGGGGCAGGGAAGUGCUAAUGUUAAUCAUGCUGCGAUCUCCAAGAGUAUUGAGUCUGAAUUAACAAAGAUGGUAUCAAAGAUGUCGGUUGAAGUUAGAAAUCACAGGGAAAAGUGGGAAGAAAAGGCCAAAGAGCAGCCAGUAUUUAGACCAGCCAUAAACUACGGCGGAAAGACACCUAGUCCAUUCAAGAACCGUAGGCCGUUGGGUGAUAGCUCUCCGCAAACGUCUCCUGCUGGAUUUUCUCCGAAUUUUCGCAAAAAUUACACGGCCCCUCGCUGCGAGUUCUGCCAGCGAACGGGCGAACUAACCAACGAGAAUCGCAAGCUAAUCGAACAGGUUAAGAACCUGGCUGAAUGCAACUACGAUCUGAGAAAGAAAUUGCAUGAUAUCCAGAAUGAGCUGGAGUUGUCCUAUGCCAGCCAGAAGUACCAGAGGCUUCAGCUUUGUCGCCUCUUGUUCCAAGUCGAGUCUUAUGAAAACGUUACCAAAAAUCUGGUCAAAAAUUUGCAGGGCUAUUCCACUGUGUGUAUUGAUGAUUCAGGGAAAGAGAUCAUGGUGCAAAGAGUGAAUCCUGAUAUGGAACGAAAACUGAUGGUUUACACAGGGAGACCGUCUCAUCAGAAUGAGCGAUUCUUGAAAGCCAUUAUUGGCAAUCAGGAACAGAGAAUCCAGGAGCUCACCAAUAGACUCUUGGAAGUAAGCUGGAACUACCAUUUAAUGCUUCGGAGAGCUGCAAUGAUUCAAAUGUAUGUGAGGGCAGAGUUAGAGAAGAAGAUACCGAGGACAAUUGAACAAGAACGAGGAGAGUUUGAACCACAAGACUGAUGUCUCAUCUCUUUACUCUACCACCGAUAUCUGAUCAAUCAGAUCAGAUUGGUAGUUCAAUCUACCGUUAGUUUAUAGUGUUUCAUAAACAUGCAAUUUAAAUUACCUUUGUUGAAUUCAUUCUUAUUAGCAGUAAUACGGUUUUGUUUACUUUUUCAUAUAAUGUUUAUGAAAUCAGAUAUUCUAUCCAAAGUCAUAGAUUAAUCUAGUCUAGACUAGUUUUUGUUCUGUAUUGGAAGUUCUACCAGAACUUCACGAGCUUUCGAUUGUUCUACGGGAGUUAUAAUUUUAGUUCAUAGUACAAAUUGUUUAAUCCACUUAAUCGUGGAAUUUAUUAUGUUUUCAUUAAUCGAUAAAUAGUAGAGAGCUCAUAUUAUCAAUAAUCAAUUUAUUAUAUGAACUACUUAUCAAUUAUUUUCUGAACUUCUACAACAUUCCAUUAUUUGUAUCGUGUUGAAGGGAAUUUUCAGGGUCAAGGUAUAGUUAUUGCAGUUUCUUCCUUGAAGCAAUUUUUCUGCAUAUAUGUACUUUGAGAAGGAAAUGCAAUAGUCAAUGCAAAUGAAAGGCUGUGAAUUAUGUGCCUUGAGAUACCGAACAAUAUUAUAAAAUUUAGAGGUGGCUAUUACGAUUAACAUUGUGAAAAUGAAUUAUUCUCUUGAUAUCACAUUCAAUAUUAAUUCUUACCAUUCAAAUAUUGAUUUGGUAUUAGUAACUCAUUUAAUGUCACUCAGAAUACAAAAAUACAGUAUUUUAUUAAUGCUUCUUGUAGUUAUAUUGUUCAUGCAUAUUCCCAAAUUAAGCAUUGUAUGGGAAUCAUAAAACAUUUGCUGUUUCCAUUGGUGCAAUUACAUCAUUUAUCCGGUAUUAACAGUUUAGUAUUGUUCAUUAUUACUUUCAAAAGUAUUGAAGUAUUACGCUUGUAAGAUUUAUUUGUUCCUCUAAUUGAAAAUUUAUUAGAGCAUUAGCAGUAUUAGUGUAAAAAAAGGAACUUUUAUAAAUCAAUUGAAAAUAAAAUUAAAAUAAGUUUAUUUUAAUAGUAUAAAUUGAAAAUUAUCAUUUGAGUACCGUAACCGGAAUAGUUAUUGAUUACAAUCAAUGAAAUAGUUGCAAUUUUUAAUCAAAACUAUAAAUUACCGAUAUGAUUUUCAUUUCACAUUAAUUUUGUUUUGUGUCAUCUCCAUGCAUAGUUCAAUCAUUUUUCAGAGCCUGACAACUGAACUCUGAAAAGAAAUUGCAAAAGAAUCUGUUGGAAAUUCGCUUUUAUAAUCGGUUCUUCAAAAAUCACAAACUAUGAUGAUUACCUUAUACGCUGAUCAAAAACUUCCAUAAUUAUAAAUGCAUUCAAGUAUCUUAAGGCCAAUUUGUAAAUUGUAAUCAAAUCAUAGAUUAUUUAUGUUUGUUUGAUGUAAUAAUGGUGUCUGUUAUUCCACAAGAUUGUGAAGAAUUUUUCUUUUCUCAUUUAUUUUAUCAUCCAGAUUGGAUUUUAUGUUUUUCUUUGAUACUCAUUUUAUAUUAAAAACCAGAAAAAUAAAUAUUUUGAUAUU